AUGCUGGCAUCUCAGAGCUCUCCUUCGGCCACCUCGGUCAACCUUCAUCCCUUUGAUCCAAUUACCCCAGAAGAGAUCCAACUUGCCGUUCGCAUUCUCGAAGCUGCCUUUCCUGGUGUGCCUCUUCGGUAUAAGCGAAUUGAUCUGCAAGAGCCCAUCAAGAAAGAUGUCAUUGCAUAUCUCGAGGCAGAGAGGUUACGGGAACCGUUACCUCAGAGACCACCUCGCCUUUUAUUUUCCUACUUUCACCGUUUGGACAGUGGUGUCUUCCACAAGGCCCUGUUAAAUGCUGACAGUAAGGCGGUAAUCCAUAUUAAGGAGCUCCCAGCACAUGUGCAAGGACCUAUUGAUGUAGAUGAGGUGACUGAGAUUGAGGCGCUCUGCAUGCGGCACCCUGCGGUGCUAGCAGAAAUCGAGAAACUCAAGCUGCCGCCAGGAAUGACGGUCUGCAAUGAUCCGUGGAUGUAUGGCUCAGACAGUCCGAAUGAAACGAGACGGCUCUUCCAAUGCUUUAUGUACAUGGUGGCAGCGGACCACCCAGAGAACAACCAUUACUCUUUACCAUGCAAGUUCUCUCCCGUCUUCGACGCUAUCACCCGGGAGCUGGUCCGCAUGGAUUAUCUCCCUGGCGGCGCAGACACAAAAGUAACGGAAACACAACCGUGGAAACCUGUUAAAACAGUUCAAUAUGCUCACGACCUCCUGGAUGAGCCACUGAGAAAAGACCUUAAACCCUACAUCGUCCAGCAACCUGAGGGGGCAUCCUUCUCAGUUGAUGGGAACUUUGUGUACUGGCAGAAAUGGCGAUUCAGGGUCGGCUUCAACAACCGGGAGGGACUGGUGCUCUACAAUAUCACAUACGACAAUCGCAACGUCUUCUACCGGCUUUCGGUCUCAGAGAUGACGGUUCCCUACGGAGAUCCUCGGGCCCCUUAUCACCGGAAACAGGCGUUUGAUGUGGGAGAUGUUGGCUUUGGUCUCAAUGCUAACCAGUUGACGCUUGGAUGUGAUUGCCUGGGUCACAUCAAAUAUUUUGACGGCUAUCGAACGGAUUCAAAGGGCAAUCCUGUCCACUUGAAAAACAUCAUUUGCAUGCAUGAACAGGACAAUGGUCUUCAACACAAACACACCAACUACCGAUCGGGCGCUGCGACUGUGGUGCGAAACCGCCAGCUGGUCCUCCAGAUGAUUUGCACUGUUGCGAAUUACGAGUACAUCUUUGCAUACAUCUUUGACCAAGCUGCCAAUGUUGAACUAGAGGUCCGAGCUACCGGUAUCUUAUCGACCGUUCCCUUUGACAAUGAGAACGGCGAAACAGUCGCUUGGGGCACAAACGUUGGUCCCGGAGUCAUGGCUCCUUUCCAUCAACAUAUGUUUUCUCUGCGGAUUGAUCCGGCCAUAGAUGGCUUCAAGAAUACCGUCUACUAUGAGGACAGCGUACCACUCCCUGAAGACGAGAAGAAUCCCUACCUUGUUGGUUAUACUACUGAGCAGACUGUCAUCCGCAAGUCCGGCUCAGCCAACACUGACAUUAACCGCCAUCGAGUUUUCAAGAUCCGCAACGAUAAUAUCAUCAACCCUGUGACCUAUAAACCCGUGGCAUACAAGCUCCAAACAGCGCCCAGUCAGAUGCUCCUGUUGAGCAAAAACGCAAUGGGUUACCGACGGGCAGAGUUCGCCAGUAACCCCAUCUGGGUCACCAAGUACAACGACGACGAGCUGUACGCCGCAGGCGAGUUCACCAACCAGAGCAGACAAGCGGAAGGUGUCGAGACCUGGGUACAAAGGGAUGACCCGACAGAGAACGAAGAUGUGGUUCUUUGGCAUACGUUCGGUCUCACCCAUAACCCCCGUGUCGAAGAUUUCCCCGUUAUGCCUAUGGAGCGAAUCAGCGUCAUGCUGAAACCCGAUGGUUUCUUCACGAAAAAUCCGGCCCUGGAUGUGCCCCCAUCAACGCAGUCAUUCAACAAAUCCACUCUCCAUCCUGAGCCUGCACCCGUUGCAGCAUGCUGCUCCUCCAGUGGGGGUGCCAGUACUAAGGCGAAGCUUUACAAGCGCAUUGAAUAA